CAUCUGUAAUAGUUGAAGCCUCAGUUGUUUUUUUUUUUUGUUUUGCAAAUGGUAAAAAUGCAUAAAUAAUAUACAAACAAUAACAUACUGUAUAAUUAGCAUGCGAAGCGUGCCCAAUAUGUGAAUACUCAAGCGUCAGUAAGAAGAAACAACAGCAGCAAAAUGUCCGACGCCUACUGUCUCUCGAAUUUUAUUGAUUUUUCUCCACAUUUGUCGCAACCGCUGAGGCACAGCAAUCGGAUCAAGUACACCUGCUUUGACAUCUCAGACAACUACAUCAUAUUUGGUGCCACCUCGGGCUCACUAUACUUCUUCAAUCGUGCUGGCAAAUUCAUGCAUCUAAUCCCCAAUAAACAUGGCCCAGUUACACACUUGAGCAUAUCGGCAAACAAUAAGUAUGUUGCAUUUGCCACACAACGAUCCCUGAUCUGCGUGUAUGCUGUCAACCUGUCGGCCCAAGCUGCCCCACAGGUAAUUGUUACACACCUGAGCACCGAUCAAUCUGUACAAGUGAGUUGCAUCCAUUGGACGCCGGAUGAAAAGCAAUUUUACUAUGGCGACACACGGGGUCAGGUCAAUUUGGUGCUGCUGUCGUCGUUCAUUGGUCACAGCCUGUUGUUUAACAUGUCAGUGCAUCCAUUGCUCUAUCUCGAUUCGCCCAUUGUGCAAAUCGAUGACUUUGAAUCUCUGCUCUUGAUUUCCAACUGCUCCAAGUGCAUUCUCUGCAACACCGAGUACGAGGAGUACAAACAGAUUGGAAACCGUCCGAGGGAUGGCGCCUUUGGUGCAUGUUUUUUUAUGUCGCCACAGGAAGCAUUGCAGCCAUCUCGCAUCUACUGCGCCCGUCCCGGCACUCGCAUCUGGGAAGUGGACUUCGAGGGCGAGGUCAUCCAAACGCAUCAGUUUAAGAGCGCACUCGCCAUGGCGCCCGCCAAGAUCUUAAAGCCCAGCCAAAACGAUGCCAUCGACGACAAUAACGAUAUUGAUGGUCUAGAGACAAACGAUGAAUUGCUCGACUAUCAGCCGCAGCAGCUGCAGUUCGCUAAGCUACAGCGCUUCUGUCAGGACUUCCUCUUGGCCUUCACCGAACUGGGACUCUAUGUGUUUGAUGUACGCCAUUCCACGGUCGUGCUCUGGUGCAAUCAGUUCGAACGCAUUGUUGACUGUCGCGUUACAGGCGCCGAGAUUUUUGUGUUCACCCAAACAGGCUCAUUGUACAGCGUGCAGCUUCAGACCCUGCAGGGACACGCCAUUUUGCUGAUGCAGCAAUCAAGGCUGCCGGAAUGCGCACGUCUGUUGCGCCAACAUGUCAAAUACUUUGCGGACAAGGCGCGCGAGAACUACGAUCUGAAGCUGCUCAAUCAACUGAAGCAGAUGCUCAUUGAGAGACAGCAGUACGAGCUGCUUAACGAUAUAUCCGUCAUCUUCGAUGCCAUUGCCCAGUGCACGGGCAACGCACUGGACACCCAAAGCUCUGGCGGCAGCUCUGCAACAACCGAGCGCAGCCAGUCUCUCAGUCUAAGCACAGCAGCGACAGUUGGUAAUGGAAAUGGCAGCCAGAUUCAAACCAUAACGAUGCCAUUUGCUGCAGCACCGCCCAAAGGGGUUUAUGUGUUGGAGAAUGCAUUUUGCGAUAACCUCAAGCAGCCGCCCAAGGCGGGACACUUAAAGGAUGCACUGCUGACAGUAACUGGAAAGUUUGGCAAGAACAUCAUCAAGUACAAGUUCAAUAUAUUUGCCGAGGAGCAGCAGCAACAGCUGGUCCGCGAGCUGAUACCGGAUAGUGAGCGCUCGCUACCCUUCAUGGAUAUUAAAGCCCGCUACGAGUCGCAGGACAAUGCCGACGAGGACGACGAGGAAAUUGUUUGCCGCAGGAGCAAAUUAGCUUCCGCCAAGCGUUUGGCAGCGUCGACAACAGCAACAACUCACAUCAGUCCCGAAGAGAAAACCAUAUACAAUCUGUAUUUGAUCCACAAGAGCGCCAAAUUCAGUCGAACGCAUUGCGUAGAGCGUUAUCGCAGCGUCUUCGAUGAGUAUACGGCCAACGAGCUGAUCCAAUUGCUGACUAAACUGGUCCAAUUGAUGGUGGACCAUGGCGACAGCUUGGAGCAGGCACAACGCAAUUGUUAUGAGAUGUACUUCAACUACUUGAAUCCCGAGCUCAUCUGGGAGAUGGACGAUGCGACGCGUGACUAUAUUGCAAAUGGAUUCGUACUCUUAAAUGCCGGCAUCGAGAUCUUUCGCUGCAGUCAUUGCAAUUUCCCACUUCGCUUCGAUAAUGCCUGUCAAUAUCAUGAGCUUGGUGCUGUUUUAUUGCGUUACUUUUGGUCCCGCAAUGAGCAGCUAAAGUGCUUCGAUGUCCUACACGCGGUGCCAGCGUUGCUCGACGUCCUAGCCAAGUUUUAUCUGGCCGAGCACAAUCUGGAUAAAGUGUUGCCCAUUGUGUUUAACUAUGGUGCCGUCGAAUUGCUCCAGGAUAUCGGACGACAGUUGAACAUCUCGGCAUGGGCUCGUUUAUUUGAGCAGUUUGUGGAAUUACAACGUGGGCGCUUGGUUUGUGUGAACUGCGAGAGUGUCACCAGUGUGGAGCAGGAGCAGCUAACCCGACACUUCUUCUACACUUGGAACUGUUUCCUCAACAUUGCCCUGGAUCAUUUGACAGCCACCGAGACGCUGGCAUUAAUCUUCAAGUGGAGCUCGUACAUACCCAGCGAUGCGAUUGAUCGUGAAUUCUAUACAAGAUGUCUGCUUAAGGGCUAGCAUACUAUACGGCAUUAAUUUAUUCCAA